AACGGCGUUGGGGGAGAGGAAAUUGGCUGAGUGUGCAGAGCGGAGAAGCAGCACAGCAAAGGUGCAUGCAAAGAGACUGCAGGCAGCAGGGGAGCGAGCGACGGGGAAAGGUUUAGAGAGAGAGAGAGAAGCACACAAACUAGAAACUAUAGCUGUAACUACCUGGAGAAGCGCUUCUGGUCUAGGAGGAAACCACGACACAACUGACAAAGUGAAGCAGUAAAAGCAGCAGGGGAAGGAAAAGUUUGUUUGGUAGAAAUUCAGACUGGGCUACAAAACUGGAGGUGGUUAAACAGGAUGUACUAUGAGGAAAACACGAGCAAGCUCAGACCGCGCUAUGGAUCUAUUGUGGAUGAUGAGAGGCUCUCUGCAGAGGAGAUGGAUGAGAGGAGACGGCAGAACAUUGCAUAUGAGUAUUUGUGUCACCUAGAGGAGGCCAAACAGUGGAUGGAAGCCUGUUUGUCAGAGGAGCUCCCCCCGACCACUGAACUGGAACAGGGCUUGCGAAAUGGAGUCUUCCUCGCCAAGCUCGCCAAGUUCUUUGCUCCAGAAAUGGUGUCGGAAAAGAAGAUAUACGACCGGGAUCAGUCACGAUAUAUGCGAACAGGACUUCAUUUUCGACAUACAGACAACACUGUGCAGUGGCUAAGGGCUAUGGAGUCAAAAGGCUUCCCUAAGAUCUUUUAUCCAGAGACAACAGAUGUUUACGAUCGGAAAAAUAUGCCUCGCGUGGUAUACUGCAUACAUGCACUAAGUUUAUACCUUUACAAACUGGGAAUAGCACCACAGAUCCAGGAUUUGCUGGGAAAAGUGGAUUUUACAGAGGAGGAGAUCAGUAACAUGCGGAAAGAGUUGGAAAAGUAUGGAAUACAGAUGCCUGCAUUCAGCAAGAUCGGUGGAAUUCUGGCCAAUGAGUUAUCAGUGGAUGAAGCUGCAUUGCAUGCUGCCGUUAUUGCAAUCAAUGAAGCGAUAGAUAAAGGAGUAGCAGAUCAGACUAUGACUGCCCUGGCCAACCCCAAUGCAAUGCUGAGGGACACACAGGAGACCCUCGCUGAGGAAUACCAGGGCCAGCUCAGCCGAGCCAAGAAAGCCAAGGAAGACGGUGUAACAGAUAAGCGCUCCUCUGUUUCAUCAGAAGAAAGGGAUGUAUAUGAAGAGCUACUGACACAGUCUGAGAUCCAAAAUAAUAUUAACUCUGUGAACACCCACGUAGCGCUGGCUCAGGUGAAUGAUGCUAUUAACAGGCAAGAUGAAGCUGCCCUGCUUGGCAGCCUGAGGGUGCCUGCGCUGGGGCUUGUGAGAGUGAUGGAGGGCAACUCGUCCUGGUACCUGGAACACUUCUCAUUGUAUAAAGAGCAGAAGACCGAGCAAGCUGGUGCUCCAGUUCAGCUGGACAGAGCGGACAUCCAGCAGGUUGUCAGCACUUGCAAUGAUUUUGCAGAAGCUCACAAGCGAAAACUGGAAGCCGUGGCAGCAGUAAACGCAGCAAUACGCCAAGGAGACUCUGCUCAGACAGUGGCUGAGCUGAUGAACCCAGAGGCCCAGUUGCCAGUUGUUUAUGAAUCUGCUGCUGACUUGUACCAAACAGAACUGUUCAACCUGCAGAAUCAGAACCCUGCGCAGCAGCUGGCUCAUGAGGAGCUCAUCGUGGCAGUGGAGAUGCUGUCAGCAGUUGCUGUUCUGAAUGAAGUUUUAGACUCCAGAGAUCCGCAGGGGGUGAUCGAGCAGCUGAGUGAUUUACCCAUGGGGUUCAGCAACCUGGAUGAGGGGAACUUCCAGCGCUAUGCUGAUCUGCUGUUGUCUGUCAAGGCUGAUGCAUCUGCCAAGGGCCAGGAGUAUCUGACGUGGAAUGACAUCCAGAGGUGUAUUGAUGAAGUCAAUAUCCAGGUUCAUGAAGAGCAUGAAAGAAUCAUCGCCAUCAGCUAUAUUAAUGAUGCUCUUAAUGACGGGGACCCUGAGAAGACUUUAGAAGCAUUGCUGUUGCCUACAGCCAAGCUGCAAGCUGUGAAGCCACCAACAGCCAGACACUACCAAGAUGUGCUUCAGCAUGCUAGAACACACAAGUGCCAGGAGUCUGGGGAUGAUUCAGCAGUGCUGUGGCUUGACGAGAUACAGGGUGGGAUUCAUGGCGCCAAUAGGAAUGAGGAAGAAGCCUUGAAAUUGGCGGUUGCCAUCGCGGAAGUGAACAGAUGUGUUGAAGGUGGAGAUGCCCAGCAGAUGCUCACUGCACUGCAGUGCCCUGAUGUAGGACUGAGGGCUGUGCUGGCAGAGUGCUCAGACGCAUACUGGAAAAUCCUGUGUGAAAAAAAGCAUGACAAAACUGGAGAAGGCUCCAACGGCAGCGCAUGGGUGAAGCACAGAGUUAAGGACAAGUACGAUUAUUACUACAGUUUGCAAAGCUCCGAGGGAACUUGGGAUGAACCCAAAGGAUUUAUACAAAAUAACACUCAGCUAACAAAGGAAGAAAUACAGAGUAUUGUUGGAGGAAUUACUGCAGAAUACAACCGGGAGCAGCUGUGGCUGGAACACGAGGGCCUGGUCGUUCAGCUGCAGGCCUGGACCAGAGGGUAUCUGGUGAGGAAGAGGCACAGGGAGAGACUGGAGUACCUCCACAAACAGGAGCCCACUGUUGUCAAACUGCAGGCUUCCUGGAAAGGAUAUAAACAAAGGAAGACCUACACAAACAGAAUAAAAGUACUCCAAGAUAACGAACCAACCAUUGUCAAGAUUCAGGCAUUGGUGAAAAUGUGGAUUGCAAGAACAAGAUAUUCUAAAAGGAAGCAGUAUUUUAAAGAGCAUGUAAAUGAAAUUGUUAAAAUCCAGUCCUUCCUGAGAGCAAAUAAAGCAAGAGACGACUACAGAACGCUGACUGGUGCUGAGAGCCCACCCCUGAAUGUUGUGCGCAAGUUUGUGCACCUGCUGGACCAGAGCAACCUGGACUUCCAGGAGGAGCUGGAGGUGACGAGGCUGAGGGAGGAGGUGGUGACCAAGAUCCGGUCCAGUCAGCAGCUGGAGAAGGACCUCAACCUGAUGGACAUUAAGAUCGGACUGCUGGUGAAGAACAGGAUCACUCUGCAGGAUGUAGUGUCGCACAGCAAGAAGCUGAACAAAAAGAGCAAAGGCCAGGUGGAGGAGAUGGUUAUGGGCGACAAGCAGGGGAUAAAGGGACUAAGCCUGGAGAAAAGAAAGAAGCUGGAGGCCUAUCAGCAUUUCUUCUACCUGCUACAGACGAACCCUACGUACUUGGCCAAACUGAUUUUUCAGAUGCCCCAGAACAAGUCCACUAAGUUCAUGGACACGGUCAUUUUUACGCUCUACAAUUACGCCUCAAACCAAAGAGAGGAAUACCUGCUGCUGAAACUCUUCAAAACAUCCCUGGAAGAGGAAAUCAAGUCCAAAGUGGAUCAGAUCCAGGAUAUUGUCACUGGAAACCCGACUGUCAUUAAGAUGGUGGUCAGCUUUAACCGUGGCGCUCGGGGACAGAACGCUCUGAGGCAGCUGCUGGCCCCCGUGGUAAAGGAAAUCAUUGAAGAUAAAACCCUGGGCAUCAACACAAACCCUGUGGAAGUUUACAAAGCGUGGGUGAAUCAACUAGAAAUGUCAACUGGAGAGGCAAGUAAACUGCCGUAUGAUGUGACGACAGAGCAGGCCUUGACUCACGAGGAGGUACGAACGAGACUGGAGACUUCGACUCGAAGCCUGAGAGCAGCCACUGAUAAAGUGCUGAACUCCAUCAUCUCCUCCCUGGAUCACUUUCCUUAUGGUAUGAGGUACAUUGCCAAAGUCCUGAAGAACUCCUUGCAUGAAAAAUUCCCCGAUGCUACAGAAGAGGAGCUUUUAAAGAUUGUGGGUAACCUGCUGUAUUACCGAUACAUGAACCCAGCCAUCGUUGCUCCCGAUGGAUUUGACAUUAUUGACAUGACCGCCGGCGGGCAGCUGCAUUCGGAGCAGCGGAGGAACCUGGGCUCCGUGGCGAAGGUCCUGCAGCACGCUGCCUCUAACAAGCUGUUUGAAGGAGAGAACGCACACAUGACCUCCAUGAACAGCUACAUCUCUCAGACCCAUCACAAAUUCAGGAAUUUUUUCCAGGCCGCAUGUGACGUGCCCGAACCAGAGGAGAAGUUCAACAUUGAUGAAUACUCUGAUAUGGUGACACUAAGCAAACCUGUCAUUUACAUCUCGAUCGAGGAGAUCAUCAACACCCAUUCUCUGGUUCUGGAGCACCAAGAUGCUCUCUCUCCUGAUCACAAUGACAUCCUGCAUGAACUACUGGAAGGACUAGGAGGCGUUCCUGCUGUUGAAGCUCUGCUGGGGGAAGGCGCUGUGGACCCCAACGACCCCAACAAAGAGAAUACACUAAGUCAGCUCGCCAAAACGGAAAUCUCUCUCACCCUCACCAGCAAGUUCGAGUUACAGGAAGGCGAUGACAAAGACAUGAAAAGCCUAAUGAUAAAGACCAAGAAGCUGAUUGUGGAUGUGAUUCGAACCCAGGCAGGAGAAAACCUGAUAGAGAUCCUGGAGACUCCAGCCUCUUCACAGCAGGAGUCUGAACACUUGAAGCUAGCUGAGAAGCUUGCUGUGCAGAAUGCUAAAACCCCUGAUAAAAUGAAGCACAGUCAGGCCCUCCUUGAUGACGGGCAGCUCCCAUUAGAGCAGAAAAAGAGGAAAAUCCUGAGAAACCUCCGGACCCUGGAGCAGGCUGGCCUGGUCUCUGCAGAGGACAAGUAUCAAGUCAUCAUCAAUGACAUUUCAAAGGACAUUCGAAACCAGAGAAGGUAUCGUCAACGUAGAAAGGCAGAACUAGUGAAGCUUCAACAGACCCUGAAUGCACUGAACUCAAAGACGGCUUUCUACGAAGACCAGGUUAAUUAUUACGACACAUACAUCAAAACCUGCCUGGACAACCUUAAUAGAAAGAAUGCCAGGAGGUCAAUAAAGGUUGGUAAGAAAGGAGAUGAGAAAGGCAACAGGAAAUCAUUCAAGCAUUCAUCCUUAAGGUACACUGCCGCCAGGCUGUACGAGAAAGGGGUCAUUCUGGAGAUUGAGGGUCUGCAGACCAGCCAGUUUAAGAAUGUUAUGUUUGACAUUUCACCCAGUGAGGAAGUCGGUGACUUUGAAGUCAAAGCCAAGUUUAUGGGGGUGGAAAUGGAAAAAGUCCAGCUUCAUUUUCAGGAUCUGCUUCAGCUGCAGUAUGAGGGCGUAGCUGUGAUGAAGAUAUUUGACAAAGCUAAAGUGAACGUCAAUCUGCUGAUAUUCCUGCUCAACAAGAAGUUCUAUGGCAAAUGAGGCACUCUGCAAACAUCAGCCAAUAUGGGACUGCCUGCAGUUCAUUUGCCAGUUAUAAUUAUUAAAUAUUUUAUUGUAACAUGUCAUUUUGUAUUGUAAAGAACUGGAACUCAAAAGAAAACAAGAUUCAUUCACGUGCCUUAUAAUAAAAAAAAAAAAUUAAAGUGUAGAAAAAACAUUUAGCAAAAUAACUAAUUCGAUGUCUGUGGGUUUUAUGGGUACAUAUUCAUUCUCAAUGUGUGUUUAAUCAAUCCACAGUAUGGGUUUAGUAGAUCAUCUGUCUAGAGAGGAAAAGAAAAAGAAUUGUAAAAGUUGAGGAAAUGUUCCACAUUAAUCUAUUAAGUAAUUUUUAAGAAUAUUAAAUAUAUUUUGAUUUUUCUCUCACAAAUAGUACAUUUUGUUUAUUCCUUGACACCGACUGAUUGUAUAUGAAAUAUAUUUACAAAUGUAUAAUUAAAAGAAAUAGAGAGAGUUAUAUGAGCUAAGACAUUCCUUUCAAUUUCAAUGUAAAAUGAAUUCCAAUGAAUUGAUUUAUUUUUAAAAUGCACUACUGCCUCAUGGUCAAAUAUAGGACAGUGAAUUUGUAGCCAUUGAGUAUUAAACCAGAACACGUUUUAGCUACACUGUCUGUUACCUGCUUUAUUGAAUGAGUUUCUCUGUGCCUUUUUAAAUGUCUUACUUCUGGAAACUGUUCUGCUUAUUUUGAAUACUAUAACUUUUCACUGUCUCUUACUGCUUCAAUAUGAAUGUUUGUUUGCAUUUCCACACAUUGUUUUGUGUAAGCAAAAAUAAAUCUAAGAAACACCA